AUGUCAUUGGAAAAAUUAGCAAAUGAAUUAUUAUUCGAUAUAUUUGAAUAUUUAUCUAUUGUUGAUUUAUUUCAUGGAUUUCAUGGAUUAAAUUGUCGUAUUGAUAAUAUAAUAAUAGAAUAUAUUCGAAACAGUAAACAUAUUGAUUUUCGUUUAAUAUUAAAAGAAGAUUUAAAUAUAUUUCGUCGACGAUAUCUUUCAUUAUUUAUAAAUGAUAUUAAAUCAAUUUAUCUUUCAGACAAUGAUACAAAUCCACAUGAAAUUGAUAUAUUUAUAUCACGUUUAUAUCCACUUUAUCGAUUUGUAAAUCUUCAAUCAAUAUCAUUUUUUAAUAUUUAUUCAAUAGAAAAAAUAAAUCGACUUCUUAAUGAUUUAAAACAAAUAUCAUGUUUAACACAUGUUUAUUUUAAACAAUCUUAUAUAGAAUAUGAUCCUAAAUCAAUUCUUAUUAUGAUGAAUAAUAUAUGGAGUUUAUCUUGUCUUACACAUUGUUAUUUAGAUAUUUAUUUUGAAGAUAUUUGUCAUUUAAUUCCUCCAAAUAUAAUAUCAUGUACAAUUAAACAUUUAUCAUUAUUAGGUGUUCAAUGUGAUUUAGAUAAUUUAUCAUAUUUAUAUGAAAAUACUCCAUAUGUUGAAUAUUUAUCUAUAAAUAUUUGUGAUCCAUAUGAUGAUCAUUAUCAUUUAUCAUUAAUACCUUCAUUAAAUAAAUUAAAAUUAAAAUGUGAAAGUUCAUCAAGAAUAAUUCAAUCUAUUUUACGAAAAAUACCAAAUUUAAUUGAUUUAACAGUUGAAACAAAAAUAAUUCAUAUGGAUGGACAUAUAUGGAAAGAAAUUCUUUUGAAAAAUUUACCAAAAUUAAAAAUAUUUAAUCUUAAAAUGGAAUUUGAACUUAUUGAUUAUGAUGAUAUUGAACAAGAAGUUGAUAAAAUAAUUGAUUCAUAUAAAAAUCAAUUUUGGAUUAAUCAACAUAAAUGGUUUAUUCAAUGUUUUUGUUAUACAGAAAAUAAAAGUAGUUUUAUUUAUCUUCAUACAUUACCUUUUAUUUUUCAAAAUUUUUCUAUUAAUAUUAAUGAAAUUUUUUUAUUUAAAACAACUUAUAUUCAAGAUAAACAUUAUUUUAAAUAUAAUUAUGUUCAAGAUUUAAAAUAUUCUUCUACAACAUCAGAACAUAUUUGUUUACCUGAUAUUAUAUUUCCAAAUGUUAAAUAUUUAACAUUAACACUUCCUCAUGAUGAUCAUUUACAAUUUUUACUUCCGAAAUUUAAAAAUUUAAUAUAUCUUCAAAUAAAAAUAAUUAAUUAUUCUCAUUAUGAUAAUAAUUUUAUUCAAUUACAAGUUUUACUUGAUCAAUCACCAAAUCUUUAUUAUCUUAAAUUUUAUUCAUGGCCAUCAGAAAUAUCAAAAAAUGAAAACAAAAAUAAAAAAGUAAUUCAAUUAUAUUUAUUCUUACUCGAAAUUUAA